GUCCGAGGCACCAAGUGCUAUAUUCAAAGAAAAAGAUAUAAGAAACUCGAGCUGGUGUGAAUUCACCAACUCCCUACAAGUUCAAGUCCAACUUAAAGCGCAAUAAACUUUUACUCAGCGACCAUAAUGGUAAUAGAUCAACAACUUUUAGGUUAGAAUUGAAUUUUUAUCUUCAUCUGGCGACAGCAGUUAGAAGGUAGCGACACGAAACACGACAGGAUUUUUCACCUAUACACUCUGACUCUGUAGUACUUCUAGAUCAAGUUGCCUAUCUAUCUUCAGUGUCAAAAGUAGUUUUUAAAUACGACCAGAAGAUAUUUUUCUUUUAGUUUGAUUCUCCAAGCGACCUUAUCCUUAACCUUAUUGAUUCACGAUGGCGGGCACUGGACAGGGAUACGAUCUGUCGGUAACGACUUAUUCCCCGGAUGGCAGAAUCUUCCAGAUUGACUACGCCCAGAAAUGCGUGGACAGCUCACCCACGUGUUUGGCAAUGAUCUGCAAGGACGGCGUUGUUUUGGCUUCGCAGAAGCUGAAGCUCUCCAAAAUGCUCGUCCACGGGACCAACCGCCGGGCUUACGCCAUCUCAAAAACGUCGGGCUGCGUGGUUUGCGGAAUGGUAUCCUAGUAGAUAAUUUUAAGCUUUUGAUGGCUAUUUUUUCAUCCUGCCUGACCAAGAAUUUCAAUUUACUGGCAAGUGGAAGUGCAAAUGGCGUCCAAUUCUGUUUGCUUUUAUCAGCUGAAUGGUGAAUACUAGCGGCUGCUGCACAUGCUGCGCAUCUUCCUCCCUCUGCGCCGCUCGGGCAAUAUGAAUAAGCAAGAAGAAUAAACAAACCAGGUUCCAGAGGGUCGCAAUGUGGUCGCCCGCGCAAGGCAAGAGGCGCAGUCCUACAAGAAAAACUACGGGGAGGUCGUCCCGGGCUAUCUCCUGGCCGAGCGACUCGGGUUUUACAUGCACCACUACACUCUGUACGCCUCCCUGCGACCGAUUGGAUCCGCGGUGCUACUCGUAUGCAUUGCAAAAGUAACGUACUAGUGCAACUUGCAUUACAAGUUUUCUCAGAAUGGAAAAUGGAGUUUGUAUUGCUGGUUUACCUUGGGAAGCAGAUUUGUCAUUGCAAGUCUGCAAUUAGGUCGAGUGCGAUACUUUUGCAAGGCAUAACUCGCGUCCUACGACGAAUCCCCGUCCAACCCGAUAUUACAGUGAAAAGUGCCCCCCACCCCCAAAGUUGCAAAAAUUUGUGAUGCGAAGUUUCCAAAUGAAGCCUUUUUGUCAUGCAUGAAAGGAAUAUGAAUCUUUCUGAUGCAGAUUCUAGUGCUGUUUCGCAUCGCUUGCAUAACAAGCACCGCUCUUGCUGGGAUCUUUUGCAAUACAAAUUUUUGCUAUUCCCGAUCGGAAAUCUGUGAUGCUGAUACAUGCAAGAGGGCGAAUGUUUCAUUUGGAAAGGUUUGCAAUACAAAUGCUUUCAAGUUCGGGGGUGGGGGCAUUUUUCAUUGCAAUACCCGAAGGUAAAAGUCCCCACCCUCUUCUCCGUCGAGCCGAACGGCUUGGUGCAGAAGUGGUUCGGCCGCGCGAUGGGCAAGGGACGGCAGUUGGCAAACACGGAAAUCGAGAAACUGGACUUGAAAACGUUGACGGUGAAAGAGUCCCUGUUUCACAUCGCCCGCAUCUUCCACAAGGUCCACGACGAAAGCAAGGCGUUCGAGAUUGAGGUAAGGGUGCCUACAACUCCUUUUGCAGCACUUCAUCUAUGUGUAUGUAUCGUAACCUUGUUUGACUUUGAUGAAAAUUCAAAUUGAAUUUCUUUUUCGCAAGGAUGUUGAAGAAUAAGAAAUUCAAAUUUGAAUGAUUGAUUACCUGCUAGGUGAAUUGGAUUUGCGAGGGGAGCAAGUGGCAGCAUGAGGUGGUCCCAGCAGCAUUGAUUGCCGAAGCGGAGGAGGCGGCAAAGAAGGCGAUCGAGGACGAGGAUGAGUAGCUGUUGUGAAAAAUAAACCAGGUGGUGGCCGCGAAAAAAACAAUACGAGAUGAAAGCUGGUCAGACAAAGAUUUUUUUAAAGCUGCCCUUAGAUUCGUUUUAUUUUCUCGGCUAGUACCAACGUGACGAUCUACAGCGACACGCUGUGUGGAACGAAGUACGAACUUUACCCCGCCAUACCAUGUCACUCAGGAUCCCAUCUCCUGGGAGGUGCUCCAGGAAAACAACGGGAAGAUCAUAUGGUACCGUAGAAACAGUACUACAGCGGCUGCCGAGCCUAUUCAACUUCGUCGACGUGGUGUUUCCACCAAAUAACAAAACUUCCCUGCGCUUUCACAGACUGCAGUUGGAAGAAAGUUUAGUUGACCUCCACGUCAUGAUCGUGAUGAGGGCCUAGCUGCUAAU